CUUCUUUUCCUUCUUCUCCUUCUUCUCAUCCAGCAUCCAUCAUUGCUUCUGUUUGAGUACAGGCUUCUCAUCUCAUUGUAAUGGUCCAUUGACUUCUUUGUUGUUGUGUAGCUUAGCGUGUCUAAUUGUCUGCUCUCAGAGCACCUCAAGGGAGCCGGUCCCUAGUGGAAGCACGGAGCCCAUCUACUUUGACCGAUUAAGAAUACUGCAAUCAUGAAUCUGCUUCCUAAAUCUUUAUUCACCCAUUGUCUCAUGUAUACUCACCUUAUAUACUAUGUGUAUCUCGCGUGUUUGAUUCCUGGCGGCAAUGCCGCUCUACAGAAGCCAUUGAGCUCGCUCCAAGAGAUAGCCCCAAAGAAAGUGGCGAUUAUCGGAGCCGGAGCCGCCGGAGCAUCGACUGCGUACUCUCUCCGCCAGUAUGCAGAUGCCCAGCAUAUCCCUAUUAACAUCACUGUCUUCGAGCGUUCCUCGUAUAUUGGUGGCCGCUCCACCACGGUCAAUGUCUUCGAUAACCCAAUUUAUCCGAUUGAACUGGGUGCAUCUAUCUUUGUCAGCGUCAACUACAACCUCGUGAACGCAUCCAGAGACUUGGGUCUGAUUGCCCGAAGCGCCGACUAUGCACGACCCAAAGAGACUGACGAUACCAUCGGCAUCUGGGACGGCGAACAGAUGGUAUUCGUGUUCACAGACAGCUCUAGCUGGUGGAACCUCGCCAAGUUGCUCUGGCGCUACGGGAUGGCGCCAGUCAACGCCUAUCGUUUGAUGAAGUCCACCGUCAAUAAAUUCCUGCAACUCUACGAUGGACCCAUGUUCCCAUUCCAGUCGCUCACUCUCGCCACGCAGGCCGUCGGGCUCCUCGACACAACCGCCCUCCCCGGGCUGGACUACCUCAGACGCAACGGCAUCUCGGACUUCUUCUCCCGCGAGAUCAUCCAAGCCAGCACACGCGUCAACUACGGGCAGAACCUGGGGCUAAUUCACGGCCUCGAGACGAUGGUCUGCCUGGCCACCGACGGCGCCAUGGCCAUUGAAGGCGGCAACUGGCAGAUCUUCGACGGCAUGCUCAAGGCCUCCGGGGCGGACGUGCGCAUAAACCACACCGUCACAUCGCUCAACUGGGCCGCAGAUGACGAUGACGCCCACAAAACCCCCCCUCAUCCAACAACCCUAACAUUCAAGCCCAACAACCCCUCCGCAGAACAAGUCGAAGACUACGACGAGAUCGUCAUCGCAGCCCCUUACCACUUCACCGAGCUCACCACCACCCGACCCCUGGAAACCACCCCCGACAAAAUCCCCUUCGUAACCCUGCACGUAACCCUCUUCUCCUCCCCGCACCGCCUCUCCCCAGAACAUUUCAACCUCCCCGGCCCCACCACCCCAGAAACGAUCCUCACCACCUUGCCCCUGGAUCUCGAUGCCACCGUCGGCAAAGCCGAGAAGGGCGUCGGCCCCGCCAACUUCUGGAGCAUCAGCACCCUCCGCACCGUGACUCCUCCUUCUCCUCUUGAAGAAGCCGACGGCGAGCAGCAGCAGGAGCAGCAACAGCACUACGUCUACAAGAUCUUCUCCCCCGAGCGUCCAACCGCGGCCUUCAUCCGCUCGAUCCUUGGGCUCGCAGACCAGAAAGACAAGACAACGAGGAGCCCACCGUCCGGACAUGGGACUUCCAAUUCAUCUAUCGAGGACCUGCCCAGGGAGGACGUCAGCUGGUUUCAUGAGAAGGUCUGGCGGCCGUAUCCCUUCGUGUAUCCGCGGGUGACGUUCGAGGAGGUGGAGCUGGCGCCUCAUGUGUGGUAUACGGGGGCCAUCGAGAGUUUUAUCUCGACGAUGGAGACAAGUGCGUUGAUGGGGAAGAAUGUGGCGGCGUUGAUGGUGAAGGGGUGGGAGGAGGAGAGGGAGAAGGCUGAGGCGGUAUCGAUGGUUGGGUCGAUGGGGUUUAGGCAGUUUGAGGAUGAUGGUAGGGUUGAGUUGUAAGGGUAUUCACCCAGAGCUGGAGAUAAUAGGGGUGGGAGUGGGAAAGAUCACGAGAUUAUACUGCGGGACGGGAU